AUGGUCCGCCGACGAUCCAACAAGCCUAAGGCGGUCAUGGCUAGGGACCGCCAGUUCUGGUCCUGGGCCAAGAUCAGUCUCCCCAGGGAUCAGAAGGACGAUGUGAUAUCGCGUUUGAUGGAUUGGCUCUAUGCCGAAGGUCUCCUCAGCGUGGAUAUGAGACCGGCUCGUGUCCAGGCCCAGGUAGGCGAGACUAUUGCGAGGCAAAUCCAGCUGAUGCCCGCCGCCUUCCGUGCUUUGCAUGCACGCCGAGGGGCGGAAAUGCAGCGCCGGCUUCGUCUGAUGGUCACAGCUCGGAAGAGAUAUUUUUUAGCCGCCAAGAGAGGAAGUCCUCGGAGGGGAGGCACUUCUCAGAGAGGCCAAGCCAGUGGGAGAGGAGGACGCCGGGUUGCGCAACAGCAGCAGCAGUCUCAGCCGCAAGAAGAUGAACAAAUGGAAGAUGAACAAGUGGAAUAUGAACAAAUCGGAGAUGAACAAAUGGAAGAAGAACAAGAGUUCCCAUAUACAGGUUCGGCGCCAUGUUCCGAUAUCUCGUCAGUCACGUCAGACGAUGAGGACGCACCACCGAGAGAGCCACUAUCUCCCGUCUAUCAUUCAUCAACUCCCGAAGAGGCCGGGCCGAUGGACGUAGAUUUACCAGCGCCAGCAACGGAAACACCUCGCAGAGCCUUGGGGGAGCCCGAGGUUGAGAUUUUGCUACCUUCGCCGCCCAAUUACUACACGCCAAGAUCGCCUGUCGAUAGUAACGCCCCGGAUGCCUUACGGGCCUCGCCGGCCUCACCAGCCUCGCCUCCCCCGGAGGAAGAACCGGUAGGGCCUUCCAUCAUCACGGAUGAGAUCCAGAGCACACAGCCGGAAAACCUAAGUGCAGAAGUGCGGUCUGCUUUGCGUUCAGGACAACUCCUUGAGCCGUACGAACCAAACGGGGUGGGUUCUCCAGCACCGGCGCCGGGGACGUCCCGUCAGCAGGAAGACGAGAUAUCAGAGGUGUCCACGGAGCCUUACACUCCUCCAGAAGAUGCAAUGCGUAAGGACCUUCAUCCGGAUGAGGACUAUGAUGAUAUAUCUGCCGAAGCGUCUGGGGAGGAGGUUUCAGGAGCUAGUCAGAUUGAAGAAACCCCUCGUGAAACAGGUCAACCUAGUGGAGACCUUGCGGAAGAGCAUCCUGAAGAAGAACACUCUGGAGACGAGCACCCUGAAGACGAGCACCUUGAAGACGAGCAUCCUGAAGAGGAGCAUCCUGAAGAUGAUCACCCUGAAGAGGAACGACAUGAAGAGGAGCAACGCCAAGAAGCGCAAUUACAGCAUCCACUGCCUCGACAACCCUCUGAAGAUGAUCUUCCAGACUACACCUCAGACGACUAUGAGGCCGAGCAGCAGCAGCGUAAUCCAGUUACACCACAACCCCAGGGACAAGCUGGUCAAGUGCCAUCUUCCUCCUAUAGCCAAGAACAAUUUACCCAGUAUCGCCAAUCUGGAUACAGAUCACCAUCCAGCGGUUCGACCACCGAGAAAGAUACCACCUCGGAAGACUCCGAUGACGAUAGACCAUCAGCUCACACACCCUCCGCCGGUUCGGUACUCCGUGGUCCAGGCGCCGUCCUCCGCGACGUCACUAUCGGCACCUACGACUCAUUCCCGGAAUAUCCCCAGGACGAUGAGCCCCAAGCCAACGCACCCUCCUCUGCUCCAGCGCUCCCUGGCCCGAACACCGCCCUCCACGAUGCUACCAUUGCCACAUACAAUUCAUCCUUCGAAGACUCCCAUAACGAUAGAACACCAGCUCGCGCACCCUCUACUGGCCCGCAACUCGACGACAUGAACUCCUUCUACGACGCAGCCAUCACCGUCUAUGCCCCGGAGAACAACUCUGAAAACACCCAGUUUUACAUCAGCCAGAUUGCCUCCCCGGUACCUGACCCCGAAACCCGCGUCCCUAUUGAAAAUAUCCGCUUCGAUAUGUUCCAGGAAAUGCUGCGCCCUCUGAACUACGACCCGGAGCGUCAUGAGAUCUAUUGGAAGAGCACCUCGAACGAGGAGGUCGUCCGUGCAGGCAGUGGUGUCGUCGCUGCGAUGCUGGUGAUGAAUCUUCGCAACCUGCAACGCAGAUUUUUCCUGAGGGAGAAGCGUUCAUAG